AGUCAUAUCAUAGUUAAAGUUAAGAUUGUAUAAACAUUGGGAAAAUCCUCGAACACUCUACUAACACAAAAACCCGAAAUACGAAUAUCUUGCUUGUUUUGUGUUACAAAUAGUGGCCUUAACUUUUGAUUUACAAAUUGAUUUAACAUUCGCCAUGGAGGAAAUCAAGAAGUUCGACAAGGUGGCCUUCCUGGAGAGCUACCUGCUGAAGCACAAGGAGCUGGGCAAGCGCCAGAGGGAGUACAAGAAGAUCCUGUCCAGCAAGCUGAAGACGCGCAAGGAGACGAUCAUCGAGGCCAGCUAUGAGACGGCCAUCGAUCAGCUGGAGGAGGAGAAGAACGACCUAAGGGCCCAGAUCUGGGUGGCCAGUGGAACGACCCACAAGAAGCAGAACAACCGCUGGCUGGAGCUGAUCCGAUGCCAUGUGGAGUGCCAGGAGAACCUCUCGCAGGACAUUAACUCCCUGAAGACGUCCAUUUUCAACAUGGAGAAGGAGAUCAGUCGCAUGGCCAAGCAAAUAUACAACCUCAAUCGCUUGACCAUUCCGGAUCAGCAGCAUCAGGCGUAUGUGAUGAAGGCCAGGAAGAGGAUGACCAUUCUGGAGAACUCCCUGGAGGUGGGGGUGCGGCACGAGUGUGGUUUCACGGCAGCCAAUGCCGAUCUGCGAGAGCAACUCAUCCGCAUCCUGAAUCACAGGACUUUCUUCAACGAUUCCUACACCAAAAUGGUGCAGAAACUCAACAGCGAGAAGAAGUAUCUCAUAGAUCUCAUCGAGUAUGCCCUGAAUACGUUCGAUGGCUGCAUCGAGGUGUACGAGAAGAUAGACAUGCUGGCCAAAAGGGAGGCUAAGGAGCGGGAUCUGCGGCGUGUGGAGAUGCAGGGCAUCAUGCGGAAGGUGGCCGCCGAUGGGGAUAACUCAGCAUUCCUCAACUGCAAGUCCAAGGCCCGGGAACUGGCCGAUCUGCAGCCCAAGGAGUACAAGCGAAGGGACGAAUUCCGGCGGGUGCACAACAAGAAGAUCAAUCUCUAUAACUCGGUGCUGCAGAAGAUCCUGCAGUACACCGACUCCAAUAACAUGGACGAGGUGAUUGACAAGUUCCAGCAGCAGGAGAGUCUCUACUACUCGUUCUUCAACUAUGCCAACGAGAUGAGCUACCACAUCACGAUGCUAAACAACUCGGUGAAUCGCCUUUUCGAGGACAUAGUUACCCUCAAAAAGGACAACUCCAACACGCUGCAGGACCAGCUGGAUCAGAUCGCCAGUCUGGAGAACAAGGUGCGCACCAAGCAGGAAUCCAACAUGGAGCUGCACAAGGCGCGGGAGAGCAACGAUGCGCGGCUGGAGAAUCUGCUGCAGGGCAUGGAGACCGUCUGCGAGAUGUGCUCCAUUGAUGCCAGUCCGCUGGCCAAGCUGCUGGGCGACCACACUCAUGUGAACCUGGUCAAUGUCAAUCGAUUCCUUAAGAUCCUCGAAACCAGGGUGCAGGAGCUGACCGCCAGCGUUUACGUGAUGGAGCGCCAGGAGGAGGGCCGCUUCGACUAUGUGGUCAAGCAGAUCGAGAAGAUCUGCGAACUGCCCACCGAUCUCAACGACAUUGUGCUCACCCAGCAGUGUCCCGAGUGCGCCGAGGGCGAGGCCUUCAACAUGGACGAGGGCGGCGACGGGGUGCUCGUCCACACGGUCACCGAGGCCAAGAAGAAGCUCUACGAGAAGGUCACCCAGCCGGAGAUGCAGUACCGCCUGCACAGCAUCAGCCAGUGCCGGCUGCCGCGCUCCCGCCUCCUGGCCGCCAAGCGCAAUAUGUAGGCUACCAGUUCGUCCGUUUGAGGUGUUCUACAGGUGUUCCAGGGUUCACGUCCUCUAUUAUUUCGGUUUUCACUUGUGCAACAUUUCCUCCCUUGAGAUCUACCUUUGGAAUCUUCUGAUGAUCUAGCAUUUUCGGUUACUAUUAUGAUAAAUUAAGAAGUUACUCGGGAGUAAAUAAAAAUUUUAAAAGCACA